AUGGAAGCAAUGAUCCAACGUAUCCCAGGGGUUCCAACACCAAUAAAGAAAAGUUUUCCUAGCAGUUUUGCCGACUCACCUUUUGUUGAUGCCAUUGCAUUGGUCGAGAUGCCAAAGAAGCUUGUCUUCCCAUUAAUGAGGAUGUACGACGGAACAACCGAUCCAAAUGAUCAUAUAGCUAGUUAUAAGCAAAGGAUGUUCACUGCCGCCAUCCCUCGUGAGUUGCGCGAGGCAUGCAUGUGUAAGGGGUUUGGGUCUAGCUUGGCUAGCCCAGCCCUCCAAUGGUAUAUGAAUUUACCCAAUAAUUUGAUUUCUUUUUUUGCUCAAUUAACGGAUGUUUUUGGAGAACAAUUUGCGAGCAGCAGGAAAUUGGAGACACUGUUAGAUGACCUAUACCGCAUCAAACAAAGGAGAGGCGAAUCCUUACGAGACUAUGUGGCAAGAUUCAAUGCUGAAAAAGUUUCCAUCACAACAUGCAACGUGGACACAACCAUUACUGCCUUCCGUAAAGGCAUGCUGAUAGAAUUUAACCUUUACAAAGAAUUGACAAAAUAUCCAUGCAAGACAAUGGAGGACAUGCUUGCCAAAGCUUGGGCGCAAAUCAAGUGGGAGGAAGACGAAUCCAAUAGACAAUCGACAACAUCCUACUCUUACUCUCGCGACAGUAGAGUACCAAAGAGGGUAGAGCGACGCCAGUCCUACCAUUAUUCAAAACCUUAUCCAACCAACAAAUCACGGUCAUACAGAGAUAGCGAGAACUCCACCCAAUCACACAGACCAAGGGAUUACAUUGCCAAGACAACACUACCUCGACGGAUGAGGGAAUCUGACAAGGGACCGAUUCCUCAAUACAACCUAAACAUUAGCCUUGUCGAAGUAGUUGUAGUAAUGAAGGGAAUGGGAAACCAAGUCAAGUGGCCUGAAAGGAUUAAAAAACCAGCAGCAAUGCGCGACACGACAAAGUGGUGUGAAUUUCAUAAUGACCACAGACAUACCACUCCAGAGUGCGUAGCAUUAAGGUAUGAAGUGGAUGGACUCUUGUGCAAAGGUCAAUUGCGAGAUUUUUUAUCAGACAAGGGAAAGACGAUCGUGACGGAAGCAGACAAGAGGCUGAUAACACCACCAGAGCCACCUCAGCACACCUGGACAUGUAAUGUCAUCUCUGGAGGAUCAGAGGUCAGCGGCAUAACAUACUCAGCCGCUAAGAGGGAGAUGGGGAUCGACGAGGCCACCAUCAUCCGCAAGUCCACAUUAUUGGUUGGGUUCAGUGGAGAGCAGAAACACUCAGUCAGCGAGGUUAUACUCCACGUUUUUGCAGAAGGAGUCAACCUACAGACGAAGUUCCUUGUAGUUGACUCUCCAUCAGCUUAUAAUGCAAUCUUGGACCAAUUGUAG